AAUUAUCAACCGGAUUUCGUUAAUGCACAAGGAAAACCAAGUAAUGGAAUCCUCACUUGAGACCAAGCUGAUUGAUAUGCCACAACCACAAGAAACCAAUGGUGACGGCGAGGCAGCUCCUGAGGCAGAUAUAAGCAUGGCCACGACGCUGAUGCCCAACGGUGUCGGCGAGCGUAAGGCGACAGCUGCGCCUGCGCUGCCGGCGGCUAGGCCGCCACCGGAGAUGACUGACAAGGUUAUGGCCAGCACGGCGAACCUGGCGCAGCUGCUGCCUACGGGCACGGCGUUGGCCUACCAGGCGCUGUCCACGUCCUUCACCAACCACGGCCAGUGCUACAGGUCAAACCGGUGGCUCACCGCUGGUCUCGUCGCCGUCCUCACCGCCUCCUCCAUCUUCUUCUCCCUCACGGACAGCGUCGUCGGACGCGGUGGCAAGCUAUACUACGGCAUGGCCACGCCGCGGGGGUUCAACGUGUUCAAUUUGUCCCGGGAGGAGGAGGAAGCGCAGGAGUUGUCGCGCACCAAGCUACGGGAGCUGCGGGUGCGGCCGCUGGACAUCGUGCACGCCUUCUUCACGGCGGUGGUGUUCCUCACCGUGGCAUUCAGCGACGUCGGGCUCACCAAGUGCUUCUUCCCCGACGCCGGCAACGACACCAAGGAGCUGCUCAAGAACCUGCCCCUGGGGAUGGCGUUCAUGUCGACGUUCGUCUUCUUGCUCUUCCCAACGAAAAGGAAGGGCAUCGGAUACACCGACACCACUCCCCGUCCGGCGCCAGAAACGAACAAGCCUACACAAGUUUCAGAUCACAUGCCAUAGGACCAUUAUACUUACACUGUAUUACAGUAUUGCUAACUGCUAAUUUAGUUUGCAUAUUAGCGAGAUUGGAGGUGCUUGAAGGACACAAUGCUAAUUCCUCCGUUCAAUUUAUUGUCGAGUAAAAUUAUUACUGUUUGACGUACAUUAUUCUUUAUUCUUAUUGUACCCAUCAUUAGAUGAAUACCAUACCCUAUAGAUUACUGGUUUA